AUGGCUCGAUACUUGUGUCAAAUUUGUCACAAAGUUCUGACUUACGGUGAGAAUAAUCCUUGCUUAUUUUAUAAGAAUGAUGACAACGUGUAUUCAUUGCCAACGACAGGAAAUUCAGAUGAAAAUAAUGAAGAAACGAAAGACAAAUGUACGGAAAAUUCGAAUGAGAAUUCUCUGUAUUUAAAUCAAUCUUUCCGACAAAAUGAAAAUAAAGAAUCUGGGCUCAUCGAUUUAUCGCUGUAUCAACAUAAUGAAGAAUUUAAGCCUCUUCCUACAAAAGUAAACAAGUACAGGAUUUCUGCAGAGUGCUCCGACAAUUCAGAACUAAAUGAUCUUUGCGAUAUUUCUUGUUUUAAUCCCACAGAUGCUCAGGCGACGGAAGUGCAAGUCAAAGAAAACGCAACUUUUACAGUUUCUUUAGAAAACUUUGAAUCUGCUGAUAGACCGGAAAUCGAAAAUCGUGAAGCUUAUGAAAAAACGACAGUUCAAGUCGGAUCAAGUGGUGUUGAGAUACAAAAUCAAAGUGCAUCAGACCUGAUCUGUGCAACAACUGAUGAAGAAUAUAAAACGUGUCUUGAAAGUAGCAAAUGGCAAACUUUGAAUGACGAUAAAAAUAAUUUUAUUGAUUCUCUAGAAUGUGUCGUCAAAAUAGCUCAUUCGGAUAGUAAAAAUAUUUCUGGAAAUGAGAAUCUGAUUUUGAAGAGUCUAUCAGAGUGUGUAAAUCAUAAAAAUAUUUCACCUGAGGUGCACUCUCAAGGUCACAAUAAUAAGAAGAAAAGGACUACCGACUUGAAGGUACCUAUCUCUACCAAGGGGGAUGACAGUGCUGUGGCUGGUCCUUCUGGAAUCUUCUCUGGUAAGAAGAAAUUUCCAAAGAACAUCAGUAAGAAAGAUACUCCUAAAACGAAUGAUCGAACACACACUAGCUAUAAGCGCUUUGUUUGCGAUAUAUGCAAGAAACAGUUCUCUGAAAAAUCAAAAAUCAACCGACAUUUCAUAACCCACUCGGGCGAAAUGCCUUAUGUAUGUAAUAUAUGCGGAAAAAAAUUUAAUCACAAAGUAAGUCGCGACAGACAUUAUCAAAACCACACCGGUGACAGACCUUUCGUGUGCUACGUCUGCAAUAAAGGUUUUGCUCAAAAGGGUACUCUUAAGAAUCAUGUUAGGACUCACACAGGCGAAAAGCCUUUUGUAUGUGAUGUUUGUAAUGAAGCUUUCGCUCAAAAAGGUACUCUUAAAACACAUGCUCGUACCCACACUGGAGAAAAGCCUUUUGUAUGUGAUGUUUGCAAUGAAACUUUCCCUCGAAAGGGUACUCUUAAAACACAUGCUCAUACCCACACUGGAGAAAAGCCUUACAAGUGUCCAUUUUGUGGAAAAGCUUUCACGACCAGCAGAUAUUGUAAUAGGCAUCAGAGGAGCGCGCAUAAGUGA